UUUUUUUUUUUUUUGUGUCUGUUGUAUUUUAAUGGCACGUCGGGCAAAAGUAAAACCGCGCGAAACAUAACGGACCCGCCGGUUCAGAGCCAUGCCCGCGGCCACUCUUCUCGUCACACCUCCGCGACCCGCCACCGCGAGACGCCGCUCUCGAGCGCCGACCUCUCCUCCCUUGACCCUCCAAGAAACAUUCUCGGCCCUGAUUGACAAAUCCCAGACUCUCAGUGACCUCCUCCAAGUCCACGCCGCCGUCCUCCGCCGCGGCCUCCGCGACGACCGCAUCCUCAACUUUAAGCUCCAAAGGGCUUAUUCCUCCCUUGGCUGCCUUGAUAACUCUGUCUCAAUCUUCAAAAGUACUCUGGAGCCGAAUGUAUUCAACUGGACGGCCAUUAUUUACAGUCAUGCCCAAUUGGGCUUACACGACCGAGCUAUGGCAUACUUCAUUGAUAUGCUGUGCAGUGGAGUCGGACCCAACGCGUUCACGUUCUCGGCCGUGCUGAAAUCCUCCCCGAUUAGGCCCGGGAAAUCGCUCCACUGUCUCGCGUUUAAGCUCGGCUUCGGCUCCGACAUGUAUGUGGAGACGGGUCUGGUGGAGGUGUAUGCCAGGGGUGGCGAUGUUCCAUCGGCACGUAGAUUGUUCGAUGAAAUGCCCCAAAGAAGUUUGGUUUCUCUGACCUCGAUGAUCACGUGCUAUGCGAAGCACGGGGAGAUGGGCAAAGCGAGAUGGCUGUUUGAUGAAAUGCCGGAGAGAGAUGUCGUGUGUUGGAACGUGAUGAUCGAUGGGUAUGCCCAGAAUGGGUUCCCGAACGAGGCCUUAGUGAUGUUCAGGAGCAUGAUGUCUGAUGCCAAACUGAGGCCGAAUGAGGUGACCGUACUGGCUGUCCUUUCAGCAUGUGGGCAGAUGGGAGCACUGGAAAUGGGACGGUGGCUUCACUCGUUCAUCGAGAAUAGUAAAAUUCGUGACAAUCUUCAUCUGGAGACUGCCCUGAUCGACAUGUAUAGCAAGUGCGGGAGUUUGGAGGACGCAAGGCUUGUCUUCGAGUGGAUGAACAAGAAGGAUGUCGUGGCAUGGAACUCGAUGAUCUCAGGGUAUGCGAUGCAUGGGUUCAGCAGGGAUGCUCUCGCGACUUUUGAUGAGAUGCGGAGGCUGGGCAUAAACCCUAAUGACGUGACAUUCAUUGGUGUCCUGAAUGCCUGUGGCCACACCGGGAUGGUCAGGGAGGGUAGGAUGCUCUUCAACAUGAUGAAGGACAAGUACGGGAUUGAGCCGAAGGUGGAGCAUUAUGGGUGCCUGGUCAACCUUUUGGGUCGAGCAGGGCACCUAGAGGAAGCUUAUGAUCUCGUAAAAGGCAUGAGGCCUGAACCCGACAUUGUCAUCUGGAGCUCCUUGCUCGGCGCAUGCAGGCUCCACGAUGACUUGGCGCUUGGGGAGGAGAUUGCGGAGCUAUUGCUCGAGCAGAACCCUGCAAGUUCCGGAACUUAUGCCCUCCUGUCCAAUAUUUACGCGAAUUCAGGCAACUGGAUCGAGGUAGCAAGGAUUAGGGGCAUGAUGAAAUCAAAAGGAGUGGUGAAGGAGAAAGGCUGUAGCUCUAUAGAGGUGGACAAUACGGUACAUGAGUUCCUCGCCCGUGACACCAAGCACCCGAGAUGCCAGGAAAUCUACUUGAUGUUAGAGGAGAUGAAUGGUUGGCUUAAGGCAGAGGGUUACAGAGCAGAGACUGAUAAAGUUCUACAUGAUCUAGGGGAUGCAGAGAAGGGUAGAUCCCUAGAGGUUCACAGUGAGAGGUUGGCAAUUGCUUUCGGCCUCAUAAGCAGUCAACCGGGAACUACAAUUCGGAUAGUGAAGAACCUCCGUGUUUGCUCGGACUGCCAUGCAGUCAGCAAGGUAUUAUCGAGGGUCACUGGACGGAAGAUCAUCAUGAGGGACCGGAAUCGGUUCCACCACUUUGUAGAUGGUUCAUGUUCAUGCGGGGAUUUCUGGUGAAGGCUACUUGCUAGUUUUCCCGGGCACUGAUUAGUCCAAAUAGGGAAUUUGUUGUCCUAUGGAAGUUGUUAAUAUGUUAAGCAAGCUCGUAUACAAUCAUUGUACGAUUUACUGCAGCAGAAAAGACCGUAUGAAGGCGGAAAUCUUCCGAAACAUAACAGAAUGGAGCGCACAAUUUGCAAA